AUUUUAUCCGUUGCAUGGCGCAUGUUAUUAUUUACGUUAAAAAUACAAUCUUGAUUUCUAACAAAAAUGUUUUCAACUAGAGGUGUGAAAUUUAAAUUUUCGGAAGGAGAAAGAGUGUUGUGUUAUGAACCGGAUCCAACUAAAGCAAAAGUAUUGUAUGAAUCAAAGGUUUUAGAUCUUGUUGUUAGUCAUGAUGGACGGGGUCGUAAGGUGCCAGAAUAUCUUAUACAUUUUUUUGGGUGGAAUAGUAGUUGGGAUCGAUGCGUGAAAGAAGAGUUUAUUUUGCCUUUCACUGAGGAAAAUCGUGAACUUCAAGCCAAAUUAGCAAAAGAUGCAGCAUUGUCUAUGAAAGGAAAGCGUAAAAGUAAAUUACCUCCAUUGAUCAAAGAAACGCUUGCAAAGAAAGCACGUCCUGAAGGUGAAACUACUGAAGUUAAAGAGCCAGAAAGUCCAACACAUUCAAGUUCAGAAUCUGAAUCCUCUGAAGAAGAAAUGGAAAGAGAAGUGAUGAUAAAUAUACCUGAUAUUUUAAAAGAGCAGUUAGAGGAAGAUUUUAACUGUAUAACACAAAAAGAUAAGUUUGUAAAGUUACCUUGUCAACCCAAUGUGAUUGAUAUUUUAGAAGCAUAUGUCAAACAUUUAGCUGCAAACUUAUUAUGUGCAUCACCACCAAAAAAUGCUAAGAAUGGCAAACAGUUUAUGCCUGAAGAUGUGCAAAGCAAUAAAGAAGCAAUGGAUGGUAUACGGGUAUUUGAUUUUACCUUGCCACAUAUCCUCCUCUAUCGCCAAGAGAAAAAGCAUUUUUACACAGUUGGAAACUACAUGUGCUCCAAUCAGUAUAUUAAAAAAGAUGCAAUUAAGAUUGAACAGAAACCAUCAAUAAAGUCAGAAAAUGAUGAUAAUAAUAUUGUAUCUGAUAAUUCACUUGUUACAAAUAAAGAUCUAACAUCUAAAACUGAAUUAGAAUGUUCUGUUCAGAAUCGACCUCAAAGAGCUAGAUUGAGCUUGAGACAUCAACCAGCAAAAGGUAGCCAGUCUCCAAAAGCAGAAGUAAAUGGAAAUCUGGAUCUCAGACCUCAAAUUCAGUUGACAACAGACAAGGAAAAAUCUCUCAAGAAGCCAACUAGAGGAAGACCAAAGAACUCUUGCACAAGAAUAUUAAGAUCAAGUGAUAAGCAGAAGCCUGCUGCCAAUGAAGAAACUAAUUCAAAUACAGAACCGCCAGUUCAAAUUAAAACAGACUGUUCUUCUGCCCAGUCUGAAUCGGAACCAGUACUGGAGCCCACAAAUCCUCUACGAAUAACGAGAAAAUCGAUACAGAAUUCUCCCCCACAAAUAUCUAAUUCUACAUUUAUAUCACCGGCAGUACGGCCUACUACAAGUGAGAAAACUGUAUCAAAUUGUUCAACAUCAGGUCAUCGUUAUAGCCAAGCCCCUCCAUCAUUGUCAUUAGCAUCUAAUUGCAUCAGUUCGUCUAACUCAUCUACUCAUUCAACUAUGUCUAGUCCUAUUUUAGAAGACCAGCAGUAUCAUUUAAUUAAUAAUUCUGGCUUAUUGCAAGAAGUAUUAUCUUGGCGCAUGUUACCCCAACAACUUUAUGAUCAAAUACCUGCUGCACCAUCUUUAAUAUAUGGAGCUCAGCACCUAUUGAGACUUUUUGUGAAGCUGCCUGAUUUUAUAUCAAAAAUGAGUAUAUCUCAGAGGAAACUUGAACCAUUAUUAAAUAUACUGGACAGCUUUUUAUUGUAUAUGGCUGAUCAGAAAGAUGAACUCUUCCAUCCAUCAGCAUAUAUAGAUUCCAGUGUUGUUUUUCCUCGUGCAAGUACUAGUGCAGUUAAAUGAAGCAGCUGUAAUGAAUAAGUGGUUUUAUUAAAAUUAUGAGUAUAUUUUGCUUA